AUGUCUUCUGCGUUCAUGGAUGCUCCGUUGCUAGAUUUUACUGUUGGAACAAAUAAUGACGACAACAACAAUACAAGUAACCCAUACAAUCCAUACAACAUGGUCAGCAAUCAAGGAUCAUCCUCUUCAUCAAAUUCCGCAUUAGUCGAGUUACAAAUUUUAGAAAAAGCCAAACAAAUCGAUCAAAUCAAACUCCAAUUAAUCGAACACAGAUUCAAUACAAAAGUUAUUAUUGAUGAUGAAUAUCGAUCCUUUUUGAAGAAUCAAAUUGGACAACUUCAUGUCUUGGAGAGUCAAAUUGCUCAACUCCGAAUUAAUGAUCACAAUGAAUUUAUUAAUUCAUUAAAAUUGGAUGAUUUGAAUGCAACCAAUCCUGUAAAAAAGAACUUGGUAGAACCUGCGGUGGCAAAAGUGGAUGCACUCACAGUCAAGUCAUUCCUGUCAAAGGCUGAAAAGAAUAAUGCCAUGAGACGUUGGAACAAGGCGAUUAAUGCAGUGAGAGGUAUUAGUAAAUUUUCGCAAACGUAUGAGAAUGCAAGAAUUAAGAAGGCAGAGGAGAUUUUAAAGAAUCCAAUUUCGGCUCAAAUGAAGAAUGAAAUUCUCGAGUUGAGAAAGUCACUUGUUAUUUUGAAUAACAAGAAAAAGUUAACUCCAGAUCAAGAAAUGUUAAAGGAAAAGUUAGUUGAAGAAUUGAGAGAGUUAGACAAGAGAUAUCAUGAUCAGUUUUCUCAAGAAUAG